GCUCGCUGGCAACCAUGUCAACUCUAGGAGGACCAAAUAAUUUUCGACUUUUGAUAACUCUGAAAAUUAUCUCCUCGAUAAUAUUAGGUUUCCUUGAAUAGUUAAUUUGGUUUCAGCUAGGUUGCUGGAUUAAUGGCGAAGAGAAGGCAGAGCAAGAUAUUAUUGGAUCGUGGAAGUGAGUUAUUGGAGGAAAGGAUCAGAUUUUGUGAUGGUAGAUGUAGAUCAAAUCCUAUCAGGAACUUCUCUGUUGAUCAAAUCUGCAGAGCCAUACAAGACUUCCAAAAAAUUCACCCCUUACAAAGCUGUAUAGAAUUUGAAUGGAAAAAGGGAGUUCUAGAUGGGCGUCUUGUUUUCAUCAAGAGGUAUGCAAGAGGCGGUCAAGAGGUCUACCGUGACAUUGUGGUCUCGUCGCAGAUGAGCAGUCACAACAAUGUUCUCAAGCUAUUAGGUUGUUGUUUGGAGAUCCCAGAAGGCCCAGCUCUAGUUUAUGAAUAUCCAGAGAAUCGAAGUCUGGAUAGACAUAUUCAUUAUGGAUCAUUACCUUGGGGAACCAGAUUGAAAAUUGCCAAGGAAAUUGCAAAUGCCGUGGCAUAUCUCCACACUGCAUUUCCCAGGCCCAUCAUCCACAGAGACAUAAAACCUGCAAAUAUCUUCCUCAACCAGAAUUAUGCUGCCAAGUUGUCCGAUUUCUCUUUUUCCAUAUCAAUUCCUGAAGGUGAAUCGAAGGUUGGAGAUGAUCUUCUUGUUGGGACAUUUGGUUUCUUGGACCCUGAUUAUACGAUGACAAAUUUUGUGACAGAGAAGACUGAUGUCUUCAGCUUUGGGGUGCUGCUGCUCGUCCUUCUUACUGGACGAGCAACACGUCAAGGGGAAAUCCAUCUGAUAGAGCAUGUGAAACUCUUGGUUGAACAGGAUCGGGUACAUGAAGCUGUGGAUCCUAUGAUUAGGGGAAACGGGGGAGAAGCAAUUGAUCAGCAACAACUGGAAGCAUCCAUUGAACUAGCCUUGAGAUGCACCGAUGAUUCAGGAGAAGAUAGGCCACUAAUGAUAGAAGUAGCAAAAGAAAUCCAGCGAAUUGAAAGAUCCAUCACUGCAGCUCCAUAGCUACAAAUGUUAUCUGUAUCACUAAAGUGCAAGAAACACUUCCACUUAAUGCUUGCCAACAAUGCAAUGUAGCACUCAACAACUGAUGCAUUCGGUAGGAUUUUAGUCAUCUAGAUUUCUUUUAUAUCAUGUAGAUGAAUUCUAAGUUCCUAACUGUUAUUUUACUAUCUGUAU